AUGACCUCCACAUCAUCCUCUUACCAGCCUCUUGUCCAGGGUGGCCAUGCCCACCAACCUGAUAAGCUGCCUUCGAUGUUCAUAUCCUCAACGGUGCCCGUCGUCCAUGAGAAUACUAUCAUCCUAGGGGCGACACACCCUACCCUCUCCACCGCCGACCCGACAGAAGAUGGUUGGUUCAUUUCAGACUUCUAUGCUUUCAACUACUUGUUUAAAGGACUUGGGAUGCAGCAAACCUGGCUGACCGCUGUGGAACCUGCCAAGCUCGUCGAGAAGUACGGAUCAUUCCUGCAUGGAAACCCCUAUGAGGAACGAAAGAUAUGCCUGAGCCAAGAGCUCUUGGACAGCGAUGAACUCUCGCCUGUGACUGUGGUUAGGCCGGCGAGAAUGAUUGACCAAUUUCUGAUAGAAGCGAGAAGGGCUUCUGAGCUGGCCAAGAGAAUGUCAGCCCCCCUUCUUCUUAUUAUCUUCUGCCACGGACUCCCAGACUUUCAUUUGCUUUUAAACAACGGGGAUACGAAGAGGGGUCUGAGCAUGGUGAGACUCAGAGGUGUGCUUGAGCUCGGUGUACGUGUCACCCUCAUUACUACGGCAUGUCACUCUGGUGGCUGGGCCACAAGCCCGGAUUUCAACCAUACCACUAUGGCAGCUGCCGAUGAGACUUCAACGAAACAAGGAAUGUCAAAUGCGUGGGGAAUCUCUCAGAGCAUCGGCCGCAGUUGCGGCUCCGUUUUUGCUAGCACGCUUGUGCAGAGCCUGUCCAGCGCAGCAAGCCCACUCCUUGACCCCCGUGAGAGGUCUCAGCCAUCGCGCUCCCUUAGAACCAAACCCCUGCUGCACGCUGAAGGGUCGGAGGAAAUCCAAACCCUGCAGCCUGAAGAGCCCGACGAAAUCCAGACCCUGACGUAUAAUGCUUUCUGUCAUUCGAUCUGGGAAGUAUGUGAGCAUCGUGUAACUCGGCUUUGGAGUGAACAGGGAUUCAGAUUCAGCGCGCAGAAUGAUGAGUGGGAUUUCUCUUGGACAGGACGAACCGGAGUCCCUCUCAAAGACUUCAAACGCCGAUGGGAGCAGCUCGCAUCUCACCCCUACACCGGCCCGGCCGACAUUCGUGACCUCCGAAACACACACCCAGACAACCCUACCUUCCGCGAGGCCGACCCCGCAAGCACUGGUGGUGUUGAAGAGAUUGUCCAUCAUAUGACGGAUGAUAUUGCUCACGGACGGAUUAAAGCUAUGGGACGAAUAUUCCACCAAACUUGCCCUGGAGACUGGGACAGAGGGCGGAUGGUGGGAUUUGGGGGAACUUUACGUGCAUACUACGAGCGCGAUGAGUUUAAGGAACGAGCACCGAAGUUUGCAGCAACAAUCCGCUUUCGUUGGGAGAUGGCACUUCUUGCAGAUUAUGUCGUUAGCGUGUUCGGCCUUCCUGUGCCUAGUAAGAGGAUGUGUAUCCUCUGGGAUGAAUCUGCCUGGCAAGCCGCCGUUACAAAGACCGAUCCUACCUGGAUGCAGCGAUAUAAGAGUAUAUCAAGUGCCCUUGGCGACUGCUUUAUUCCCCUCCCUAAUGAUAAUCAAGGUCCGCUGUUCUUCCGACCCAAUUGUUACCUAAUAUCCGCUCUCGUCGAGGCUAAUAAGCCUGACGAUGAGACUCUGGCUAUUAUAGAUGCCAUAGAGCAAUUCAUGGAGACACAAAAAGAGUUCCAUGAACAACGGGCUUGCCAAGACGAACGUGUCCGUGGCCGUGGCCGAGAGUGGCUGAAAACUAUUGGCAGACGAGCCCUCCAGUCGCUUGCACCUCGUAAGAGCCUGCGAGCAAAACCCCAUGGAUCAGAGAUCACAGAGUAA